AUGUCGACGGUGGUGUUUGCUUCGGUGGUGCGAGUCAAAGAUGGCCUCCCUCUCUCCGCCUCCACGGAUUACGAACAGGAUGCGGAGCUGCAGGAGACCAAGAGGCACCUCAAAACUCUGUCCAAGAAACUGGGCCAGCUCCCGGACCGCUGCUGCCUCAAGUCUGGGCCCUACAACGUCAACUUCACCAGCUCUCUGGGCGUGGGGUACCUGAUGGUCUGCAGCGCCUCGUACCCAAACGUCUUGUCCUUCUGUUUCCUGGACGAGCUGCAGCGAGAGUUCAUCAUCACCUACGACCCACAGAGAAUCAGCAGCGUGGUCAGACCCUACUCCUUCAUCGAGUUUGGGUCUUACAGUCUGAGGCUGGAGGGAGGAGCCAGUCGCUGUCAGGGGGAGGUGCAGCUGCAGAGACCAGGUCUGGACUGGACUCCACUGGGUCCAGGCUCAGACUAUUAUGACUAUGUUCCUCUGGAGUUUGGAUCCAGAGUCUGCUCUGAGCUGGACUGUGGCUCUGCUCUGUCUCUGGAGGAAAAAACAGUUCAAGAACGAAAAGCUGUGAAAGUCAAAGGAGACUGUGAUGAACCUGAACUGAUCGACUGUUUUGAUAAAGAAACAUCUGACUCUGAUCGAAGUCUUCAUCUCAACUGCUCAGUGAUGUCUGCUGUGGAGCUCUGUGUCCAGAGUGUGAUGAAGACCUCUGUGUCUCAGACUCUGUGUCCAGAGUGUGAUGAAGACCUCUCUGUCUCAGACUCUGUACUCUGUGUCCAGAGUGUGAUGAAGACCUUUCUGUCUCAGACUCUGUGUCCAGAGUGUGAUGAAGACCUCUGUCUCAGACUCUGUGUCCAGAGUGUGAUGAAGACCUCUCUGUCUCAGACUCUGUGUCCAGAGUGUGAUGAAGACCUAUGUACUCUGUGUCCAGAGUGUGAUGAAGACCUCUCUGUCUCAGACUGUGUCCAGAGUGUGAUGAAGACCUCUCUGUCUCAGACUCUGUGUCCAGAGUGUGAUGAAGACCUCUGUCUCAGACUCUGUGUCCAGAGUGUGAUGAAGACCUCUCUGUCUCAGACUGUGUCCAGAGUGUGA